AUGGACGAAAGUACCAAGAAAGUUAUUGAAUUUAGUGUUGUUCAAGUGACUGAAGCAACCUCUCGUCAAACGCAAUGGAGUAUGAAGGAUGCAAAAGAACAUCAAAUUCUCUUAUUAAGAACUGAUAGGCAUACCACAAUUACAGCUAAGAUGAAGAGUGUCUACCCCAACAUCAAACACCAAUAUGUCUGGCAUUUGUCAAAAUGGGUAACAAAGAAAUUAUUCAAGAAGGCACAAAAAAAGUCAUUUGAUUAUUUGAAGAGCAAGGCAAUAUCCAAUAAUUUAUGGUGGUGUGCUGCAACCUGUGGUGCUCCUCAAUUUAUCGAUCAGAUUAUGUUGUACCUUUCCAUACAAUAA